GUGUCGGGGCUGGAGCCGAGGUGAAGCUCCCGGAGGCGGUGGGCGGGAGAGGACAGGCGUGCACCGCCUCUGGGUCAAAGCAAAUCUUUGAAGUGGGCGGGGAGGGGUGUCCCUCGCCGGGGCCAAAGUCUAAACCCGCGGGGGGCUGCACGCAGGACUACUUAUAGCUACGACCCGCAGCCCCGGGCCUUUAGCCUGCCCGCCGCCAGCGCCUCCAGAAGCCAGGCAGACCUCUGCAUUAUGAGCCGGUUGCUGGCCUACGUGGACCCCUUUGAUCCCAGCUUUGUGGCUGCCGUCCUUGCCAUCGCUUUCAAUCCUCUCUACUGGAAUGUGGUUGCAAGAUGGGAACAGAGAACGCGCAAGCUGAGCAGAGCCUUUGGGUCUGCCCACCUGGCCUGCUACGCCCUGGGCAGCACCAUUCUGCUGCUGAACGUGCUGCGCUCGCACUGCUUUACCCAGGUCAUGCUGAGCCAGCCCCGGCUGGAGAGCCUGGACGGCCCCGUCACCUACCUGCUGGGCCUUGUGCUCCUGGGAGUGGGCAGCGUGUUUGUGCUGUCCAGCUUCUGGGCCCUGGGCUUCACCGGGACCUUCCUAGGUGAUUACUUCGGGAUCCUCAAGGAUGCACGAGUGACCUCAUUCCCGUUCAACGUCCUGGACAACCCCAUGUACUGGGGCAGCACUGCCAACUACCUGGGCUGGGCCCUCAUGAACGCCAGCCCGUCCGGCCUGUUGCUGACCGUGGUCGUGGCCCUCAUCUAUGUGGUAGCCAUCCUGUACGAGGAACCCUUCACUGCCGAGAUCUACCGGCAGAAAGCUGCCCAGUCGCACAAGCGGAGCUGACGCCGCGGUUUUGUCCGUCGGAGAGAAAACGGUGCCGGGCUUGCUCGGCGAGGCCCGGCCAGGGCUGCUCCAGUGCCUUGCUUCCCGCUGCCCCGGGGUCCCUGGACAUGCGGCUCUGUGGCCGCCGAGCAUCCCUGCAUACCACACCCUGCUGCACAAUAAAGGAACCCUGAAUCCAGCACCCCUCUCCGUCUGGCCAGGGUGGGGCAGGGGACAUGUGGGCGCCUGGCCCGACCCUGAGGUCAGCACCCCAUCCAUGCACAGGGACUGCCCACCUCAGCCCUGGCUCAGGCCAGGACCAGGACAUGCCCUUGUGUCGCUCGGGACGGCCUAGGAAGUAGAGAGUAGACACACGGCUUGGGGGGCAGCACGGCAGGGGUGAGGCCUGGUGCCCAUGCAGGCUCGGCUGGGCCACAGCAUGGGAGGGCACCAGCCACGUGCCUCUCGGGCUCAACCUGGCACUAAUACUCGCAGAAAACUGGGCUGGGACACUUGGUUGCUCCAAACCCCGUGUUUGGAGACAGGUGACUGGUGGGUGAUCUGAGGGCGUUAGGAGGGUCCCCAUGGCUGUGUCCUGCUGCCUGAGGUGGAAGUCGGCCUGCGCUGAAGGUGAGGGGGCGGGAGGGGAAAGGCAGCCUUGUGGGACAUCUGUGCGACAGCCACAGCCCCGGGUCAGGGCCAGUGAUGGUAGAAGCCGCUGGCUGCGAAGCGGGAGGCGUGUCUGGGCGGCACAGGAGUGAGGGGUGUAUUAGUUAGAAGCUCUGAGGUGAGGGGCUGGGGCUGGCAGGUGGACCCGGUGGACUAGUGGGAAGGCUCUGCACAGAAGCCCGUCACUGGGACACUUUGCUCCCCUAGCCUGGCUUUCAAGAACUUUCCGUGUGGGACACCCAGACGUGCUCGGGGCUCACACCUAGCUCUGCCCAGAGGUCACUCCUGGAGGGUCCUGGGGGCCGUAUGCAUUGAAACCAGUUGCUUGUGUGCCAGGCCAGUGCCUUAACCCCUCAACUCCCUGGCCUGCUCUUUGCCACCAGUCCACAGCCAGGCUCUGGUGGACACUUGCCUCGGGGCCUGGCUCUCCGACUCCCAGGCCACCCCCACCAGCUGCUUACCUAUUUGUUGUUGCUUUUUUUCCUUUUUGGGUCACACCUGGCGAUGCACAGGGGUUACUCCUGGCUUGUGCAUUCAGCAAUCACUCCUGGCAGUGCUUGGGGGACCAUAUGGAAUGCUGGGAAUUGAACCCAGGUUGGCCAUGUGCAAGGCAAACGCCCUAUCCCCUGUGCUAUUGCUCCAGCCCCUCCUGUUGCUUUUGAAGAUCAAACUGGGGGCUCCCAUAUGCAGAGCAGGACAUCCACUUUUCUGGUGGAGCAUGAUGGCUCUCUGUGCGGUCCCAGGAACGUGGCUGUUCUGUGCCCACACCCAGUACGAUAUAGUGGACACGGUUGAUUUGGGACGCCUGGCAGCUGUGGGCUGGGGUCACGUGGCUACACAGGAACCCAGCUGUGUUCAGAAUUGCCACCAUCACCAGCCUACGUCAGGCCGAGGCGGGAGCUCUGAUUGGAGGCUGGGUUCUGGCCACCCGGACUCCCCAGGAGAGCCCAGCUUAGGUUCUUGACCGCUCUCAGGCCUGCAGGUCUCUCCUCAGAUGCCCACACAUGGUGUCAGGUGACAGUACUGGGCAUCAGCAAGGCCUCCCAAGCUCCUGCUUCAGAGCCUAACUGGCCAUGGGUGAGUCCCCCAUCGGGGCCACACAGCUGUGCCCAGUCCUGCACCCUCCUCAGCUGCUCCCUUCUGCAGGGACCCUUUGUGGGCAUCAGCCUAGCCUGGGGGUGCGGCCAGGACGCGGCAAGGACAGCAGGCCUGCGAGCCCUCCCUUAGGGCAAGAGCAAGAGCCAGGCAGUGACCAUGGGUGCAACUGUCAGAGCUCACAUUGCUGUGGCCCGGAG